UUGAUCGGAAAGAAAAUAAACUCGCGCCGGAGGACAAGUUUCGAUUACAAUAAAAUAUAUUUUUAUUAUUAUUUCCGUGUUAACAAAAUAAAUCAAAAUGAAAUGUCAUGUGCCUGGGGCUAAUGUUAAAGUUUUAGGAAGAACUGUUCAUGCUUUGGCAAGAUUCGGUGACGAACUUUAUCUGGAAUCACUUCCUGAUAGUAUACUACUAAGAACUCUCAAUGCUGCAGAAUCAGCAUAUGCUAUGGUGAAAUUUAAUAAGAACUUUUUCGCAUAUUUCAACUACAAUUAUUAUUCAACUGAUGAUAACGAAGGUCUUAAAUGUAAGAUUUCAAUGAAAUCCGCUUUAAAUACGUUUAAGUCCCCAACACACAUGGACAAACAAGUAGAAAAUUUAGAAAUUAAACUUGAUACAGAGUCAUGCAAGUUGAUAUUCCAACUGAAGUGCAAACAUGGGAUUGUCAAGACUCACUAUGUAUCUAUAUUGGAUUGUAAAGCAAUGCAGGCAGUCUACACCAAAGAUUCAGUACCAAACAGAAUGACAAGUUCACAAAGAAUAUUAUCAGAAGCUUUAGGCAACUUCCAAAGUUCUGAUGAUCAAAUAACACUAGAAGCUUCAAGUCAAUCUCUUAUUUUACGUAAUUACAUUGACACCAGUGCAGAUAUUCUGAAAAUAAUACGAACACAAAUUAGCUUGAAGCCUGCAGAAUUUGACAGUUAUGUUAUAGGAGCAGAGACAACAAUCACAUUCACAAUGAAAGAAUUUAGGGCUCUCUUAGCCUUUGCAGAAGCACUGAGUUUACCUAUACAGUUACAUUUUGAGACAACAGGACGCCCUGCUGUAUUCAUUGUCCACAAUGGCUCUACAUUUGAAGCCCACUUUGUGUUAGCCACUUCAAAACCUGAUGGUGCUACUCAAGCUACCUCCACACAAAAUACUACUGCUACGAGAAAGAGAAAGGAUUCCAUCAACCAAGGGUCAGCCAAAAAGAAACUUCAUGUAGAUGCAGAAAUAUCAAAAUGCCUAGAUCAAGACUCUCAUCUGUUCAAUUUCAUAGAUAUACCUGAAUUGGAUCAAAAUGGAUGCAAUGGGCAAAAUGGAAGUGUUCAUGUGAAUAACAGCAUUGUUCAAGACUGUGACAACAUACCUGCCUCUCCUACUUCCAAAACUAUGAUCAAAUCUGUGUUUAGGAGGUGUUUUGAAAGUACUUUUGAUCCUAGAGCAAUACAAGGUGUAGUGUUAGCGGAGAACUCUGAUAGUGAAUAACUGUUUUUGAUAUUUAAAAAUGAAAUGUAAAUAAACUAUUUAAAUAUUCUUUACACAUAGUAUUGGUAAUGUCAAAUGCACAUAAAAUAGAAAAACUAAAUAUUUUGUAUUGCAAAUUUAAUUAUUGAUUAAUACAUUUUAAUAACAUUAGGUUCACAUUCAUAUCAGUUAUAAGGCCUUAUCAUAAGAGGAAUAAGGAAUGCAAAUGAAAUAGCAUCAUUAUCACCGCAUUAUAAUUUUAUAGCAAAAAAUAUACAUACAUAGGUAAAAAUAUGUUACACGUCACAAAUCAGUAUUCGAUGAUAGGUUUAAAUGGGGUUCAUUUAGAUCAUCCUACAUGCACAGGCAAAAUGGUAACACAUUCUAGAUAAUGAGAUAGUACACAGAAUAAGAUUUCAAAUAGAAGAACUUAAAUAAAACCUUGAAAAUUUUAUGCAAUUAGUGAAAGAAUAGUAAAUUUGUUCAUUAUUGUUAACCAAUGGAAACAAAAUAGGUACUACAAUGCACACAAUUGACAAAUUCUAAAUUCCAUUUCUUCUAUAAUAUUGAUAUUUUACAAAAUAUUACAAUAAAGUGAAUAUCAUGGUUCCUUGGACAUUCAAAUUCCAAUCUCUUGUGGAAAGCAAAGUGAACAAGAUUACUCCCAACUCACACAUUUUUAUCUACAAAGAAAAAAGCCAACAUUGACUCUAGAUAAGGUCACAAAAUUUGUUUU